AUGAAGUGUUCCGUGCCUUUGCAUCCUUUCCCUCGCGUGCAGGUGUCCUUCGGAGUGACAGUGGACUGCCCCACGUGUCGCAAGGCCUUUGCUGUGGUGCAGCCACAGCAAGGCAGGCAGGUGGUGGGGUGUGCGGGGUGCAAGUACGAGUACGAGUUGGUGUCAGGGGACCUCAUUUCCUGCGACUCUGAGUCUCUUAUCGACUCUGCACCCAUACUAGAUAAAACGCUGGCGUUACUGCGCGCGCCGCCCAAGGCCACUAGAGACAGCGGCAGCCUGUCGCUGCCGCCCUGGGUGCUGCCUCUGGGCGGCGCACUGGUGGCGGCGAACGUGGUGGGGGCGGCGGCGGUGAGCAUGGGGAUAAUGGAGCCAAACGCGCUCACAGAUGGCACGAUGGGGAGUGUGGUGGGGUGGGUGGCUGCUGGUGGUGCAGCAACAGGUGGAGCGUACAACUUUCUGCUCCUGCCGAAGCUUAGAGAGCUGCCUGGCAGUGUGGUGGACGGCAUGGCAGUGCGGCAGCAGCUGCUGGAGCAGCACGCAGCUUUGAGGCAGAGGCUAGAGGCGCUGUCUGCUGCUGCAGCCGAGGAGGUGCGCAUGCUAGCGCGCAUGUGUCAACUGCAGAACAAGAUGCAGUCCAUCGGCCAGCCGUCCACCUACAGUGCGCGGUGGGAGAGGGUGGUGGCAGCGCGCAAGGGGCUAGACCAGCGGCUGCUGGCGCGAAUCAACCUCGUUGACAGCUAUGCCAAGGUGCUGUCGAUGAUAGAGAUCGAGGUGGAGAUGGAUGCAGACGUGCCAACAGCAGAGGCAGCAGGCGCUGCGGCGAGCAUAGCGGAUCAGAUCGAGCGCCUGAUGGAGGUGGAGAGCCUGCAGAAGGAGUGGAAGCAGCAGGCGGAGGUGAACGAUGAGUUGGAGCGGCUCCUGAGGAGCGCGCCUGCUCUGCCUGACUCCGCGUCCUGGCAGAGCUGA